AUGUGUGUGUGUGUGUAUUUGUGUGUUUCUUUGUUCCUUUCUUUUUUUCUUUCAUUUUUGUUUUAUUUCUGUUCUCCUUUUCACUCCGUCUUCCAGACCUCUUACCCUCACUCUCUUUCUUUCUUUCUUUCUUUCUUUCUUUCUUUCUUUCUUUCUUUCGUUCGUUCUUUCUUUCUUUUUUUAACUGUUUUAACAGUUCGCUUGCCUAGCAUCUUCUUCAUGUUGUCUUUCUUUCUCUCUCUUUCUUACUCUCUACCUCUCUCUGUCUUUCUCUUUUCUUUUCUAUUUUUAACCGUUUUCAUUCUUUCCUUCUCUUUCUUUCUCUUUCUCUCUCGCCCUUCUCUCUCUCUUUCUCUUUCUUUCUACCUUUUUUUUUCUUUCCUCUGCCAAUCCUCUUACCCCAUCUCUCUUUCUUUCUUUCUUUUUUUCUUUCUUUCUUGCUUUCUUUCUUUUUUAACUGUUUUACCAUUGCGUCUGUUUAGCAUCUUCAUUUUGUCUUUCUUACUCUCUCUUUCUCUCUCUCUCUCUCUCUCUCCUCUUCUAUGUCUUUUCCUUUAUAUUUUUCACGUUUUUAUUUCUUUUCUCCUUCUCUCUAUUCCGUUCACCUAG